AUGACAAAGAAAGACACCCACACACUCCAACAACUGAUGGAACCUUUCGACACAGUUCUAUCUUCGAUCCUUUCAGUUCCCGUCAAACACUCUUUUGACGCUUACAAACGCACUACCAUCAACUUAGUUACUGAUUUCAAAAAUUUGGUGACCUCUUUGAAAGUUGUCACAAACAACAUCAAAGCCAUCAACUCACAGCUCCAUUCGUUUUAUGCAGACUCUCCGUCUAUAAUCCAAAAUGAAGUUCUCCAAUUUACCAAACAAAAUGACGACUUCGGAUUCAAGUCACUUGCAUUUUUAGAGAAUGAGGUGGUGUGCCUCGACGCGCAUUUAAAAGACUUGACCAAAAGAUUUGCCAAAAUGAAUAACGAGGAAACGAUGGCGUUCAACGAACAAAGAUUUGACUGGAUCGACUCGUGUGUUGUUGUCUAUAUGCAACUCUUGGUGGAACUUUUAAGUGAGAAAGGAACAAAUUUCAAACACCUCAUGGUAUUUGCAGUUCAAGAUGGCAUUUCAAUACCAAAGUCCUUGACCGUCCUUUCUUCGCUUAAAACGAUAAUGGACAGUCGCGUUGGUUGUCACUAUUUAUCAAAAUAUUUAACACAGUUCGGGAUGGAAAAACAAGUCGAGUUUUACAGAGACGUCACGGUCUUUUCAACUACAAAGAACACAACAACACUCGAUAUUCUUGGGAAGGAAAUAUUCGAAAAAUUCAUCCAAGAAGAAAGUAUAGACCAAGUUGUCAUUAGUAAAGAAACACAAGCCCAAAUCAUUGAAAGGUACAAAGAACCUUACCCACAAAAUUUGUAUGAAGCCGCUCAAGAGGAUGUCUUAGACAAGUUACUAUCCCUCGGCGUGUUCGAGCAGUUCCAAGCCUCCGUCGACUUCAAAAAGUUAAUCAGACGCCUCACGCCAAUUAAAGUAAGGAGUGAGAAAAGCCCUCGCAAUCUCUCGGCCCAAAUAACAUAUUGUAAUGUUGUGUGUGAAGUCGAGACAUAUAGUGUUGUUGCUAAAUAUCUCAUACCGUACAACCUCGUCAUCUUCACUGAAAUCUUUGUUAAAAAAGGCUUCACAUCUCCACAACUGAUGGCGAUGGCCACGGUGAAAGACUUUGAAGAAGUCAAAUUGAGUGAUGUUGACAAGAAGCGGUUGGACCAGUUUUUCAAAAUUGUGAAGGACGGCAAAAUCCAAAGUGCGGACAUCUUCACCAAAGAAACGAUUGUGUGUAUCAAGCCCAUCCAAGACAACUUCAUUAAGUAUUUGAGCGAGACAACCGAGUGUCUGAAAAACACGUUGGACUUCUUGAAAUAUUUGAAAGAGACUAAACAAGAACAAAUGGCUGUUGCUCAGCUUUGGAGUCGUGCCGAGAUGGCCUUUCUUGAGUUAAAAGCAAAGCACCACGUUGCUUAUCGAAUGUUAAAAAAGUGCAACACGAUCGAAGAGAUGAAAGUGACUAUUCCUCAAUGUCAAAGUGGAUUGGUUUCUUUAUUAACAGACCAAUACUUGGACAGCUAUAACGCGUCAUUCUAUUGGAAAACACCACUGCGGAAAACACCACGAGAGACUCCCCGCCAACGUGCUGAGCGCGAGAAGUCAUCGAAAACACCAGAACUCUUCUCAAGAAGAGUGUGUUCACCUACACGUCGGUCGAUAACCCCACAGAAUGAUGAAUUGGCUGUAAUACCUUCACCUAGGAUUGAUGAUGACUGUAAUAGGAGUUCUGGGUGCUCGCCUAAUAUCGGGUUGGGAAACAAUCUCGAGAUUUUUGAUGAGAAAAGUCUCGUCAAAAACCACGAAAAAAAGAAAGAAAAAGAAGAAAAAUGUUGUCAAAAGGACAAGGCAAAACGAUCAAGUUUCAAUCACCGAUAUAAACAAGACGAGAUUUCAGAAGCUACGGAUUACAGAAUCACACAAACGCAAAACUCAAUCCAACGAAUCAUUCUACCAAAAAUCUCACUUCUAUUGCAGGAAUUGGAGAAAAUUAAUACUAAAGAAGAUCUGGAAAUGUUCCAACAUGAAAACAUCAAAAUUGAAAAAACUUUGAAAGAAUUUGAAACAGAAAACUCUUCACCUCAAAAAGUUAAAUCUCAAGGUCAAAAUGACAACUUGAAAGAGAUUGUACUUGCCGAAAUAAACAAGUAUAAACAAUUUUAUACCA